AUGAUCGCCGUCGGAAUAAAAGACACGGAUUUGGUGCCGAUCGUGUGGCAAGUGAGUCACAUGGCCGGGUACGCGUUGACGAGCGUGGUGGGCUUGGCCAGCAGUAUCAUGUUCUACCUGGCCGUGGUACAGUCGGGCAACCGCUGUUACCUGUACAACUCGGCUAUUACCGUGCAGGACUUGUCCAGGGAAAAGAACCAGACGAUCCUGUCCGACGAGCAGGUCUGGUACCGGAACGACAACUGUUACGACACGUUCUCGUUCUCGUUAAAGGUGGGCAUCAGCUCGGUCGUGUGGAUGAGCAUGUUCCUGGUGUUCGGCCGCGGUGGAUCUUCAGUCUCAGAGUUCGAUCACAGCAAAUACUUCAGUGACAUGGUCGGACAGUGGCAAGUGGUCUUCUUCGCCAGUUGUUUCAAUUUUUGGUAUUUCAUACGUUCGAUCAUGAUAGCUGCACAGUUUACCAACGGCUAUCUAUUAUUUGUCGCCACCCUAUUACACCUACCGGUAGACAACUACAUUUACACUCGAUUUGAAAAAUAUGAGAAACCGUACUACAUCAGAACCAUAGUAUUAUUGUGGUGUCAGAGUUGUUUGUGUACGUUAAAUUUUCUAUUGACUAUUUUUCGUUGUGCUAUGGGUGUGGACUUUGAGGUGAAUUUCAACGAUGACGAUGGCGACAACGACGACAACGACGAGCCGGUCGCCGGUCCUUCAAAUCAAACGAAAAUAAAAAGUAUGCAGCCUAUGGUCUUGUACGAUGACAUCACGUUAGAUUAUGUCGGGGUGCCAACACCGUGAAUAAAGUCUGAAUCCAAAAUGUUCGCAGAAUUGAUAAAAAUAAUAAUUUAGUAUUCGAUUGGUGUCGAAACGAUACUUUAAGACGUUUUUUUUCUUCAGAUAUAUCAUAAUAAUAGUAUAAUAAAAUAUAUGUAUUUAUUAUUUAUUCACAUUCUCCAGCGGUAACAUAAUAAUAUAUUGUAGUGACUAUAUAAUUCAAAACGAUCGUGAAAAAAAUCAUUCCAACAUUUUCUCUUUAUUUUGGGUUUAUAUACAGUUGAGUAGAAACAUGGUCAUAUUACACACUUAUCCGAUACUUUUUUAAAGAUUUAUUUUUCAUUAAAAAAAAAUACAUAUAGGUAGAUCUCAAUAAUGCUGAAGACACUGAUUUAGUCAGACGAAUAACGUGUCAAUUGCACAGAUACAUUAGAUUAGAAAAAGGACAAAUAAAAUAAAAAUCGUACGUAUUAUCUAUCCAAUACAUACCAGAAUCAAAAAAAUUAGAUAACCAGGGACUAGAAAAUAACUGCAACAUAAAUAAUUAUAAUGAUUUUUACGUA